UGCUUUCAGAAAUUCUGUAUGUCUUUUCUCGAAAUUAUCUGUGUCUUACUAAGCCACUGAAUAUUUCGGUCAUCGAAGAUCAUCAGUGUGGUUAGCGACGGUAAGCGUCCAUGACUCCUGAACUUGAUGGCAGAAUCGGAAUGACUCUGGAUAAGCAGGGGUAGUAAAGCUUUGCAUGCAGUGGCAUGCAAGAAUCUACGAUGGAUUUGGGCCAAAAAAAGUCAACGCUAAGCAGACCCUUUUAUGAACCCCCUGAAAACAAAGCCACUAGCUCACAAAUUAUCAAUGAAGCUCGCUCAUCAUUGAGAACGUUAGGUGCCACACGGCCCUUCACACCUCGAGAUGAGCAGCGUCAUUUGUUUCCAACUUCAACAAAUCGAACACCUGAAUCUCGGCCACCAAGCUCUUUCAGUCUCAAUUCCCGACAUUUUGAAGGCCCAGACUCUCGACCUGUAUCAGGGACAAGGCUGUCUCCCCUUGAUCAUGCACCACGAACAACGGGUGUUGCAGAUCUAGAGAGCAUACUACCACCAAAGCCACCUACCUCAGACCCAAACCGGCCACCUUCUAGAAGAAGUGCUAACUCCAGACAUCGAAUUUACUCACAACAGAACAGCGAUGUCACCUCUGUUUAUAGUAGGGAAGGCAGUGCAGGUUCUCAGAGAUCUGGUUGUGUAGCAGAUGCAAAGGAAGAAAACCUUGUACACGACAAGCCAAUAGUGAGAGCUCACAGUGGGCCAAAGGAGCGUACACAGCCCCUAUUGCUGGAGGAUGAGGGAUCUAGUGAAGUGAAAGAAGCAACAGUGAGACUUGCUGGUUCUGCCAACAGCCCACCAAGCAGUGCUGGCAGCCAUAGAAGUGGCAGUGGAGGGACUAGGCGAUCAAGCAUUGGCCAGUCUCGUACAGGAAGUUUAGGUCGUCUUGAUGAAGAUACAGAUGAGCUGUACAAUCAGAAGGUGGCACCUAUGUUAGAACAAAUGGCAGCACUUAGCAAAAAGAAAGAUUGUGACCGGUUUCUUGUGCUAGCGGGGAAUCUCUACAACUUACUGGAAGAAAACAACUGUCUGGGCAAGCACUUCCAUCAUCGUUCAACUGUUCUUAAAGUCAUAUUUAAGCUGCUGGAUGUUGAGGAGCCUCGGCUGCUCCUUAAGCUUGCUCGUCUCAUCCUUGCUUUCCGUGUUGGAGGAAAUAAUUUAUUAAAUGUAUGCAAACUGGUUUUCAAAGUCAGCCGAAAUGAGAAAAACGACUCAUAUUUCCUUGAAGAAAAUCUCCUAAACCUGCUGCUGGAUACAAUACGUGGUGCAGACCAUCAGGUGUCUUGUGAAGCACUCAUCUACUGUGUAGGUGCAGUAAAGUUUCUGACAGGAAAUGCUACCAUCUUAAAACGACUAGCAAGGUUGGACUGCAUCAAAGUCUUGGCUACCCUCAUGCACAACAUCAUCAAGACAAACAAAGAGACAGGAAAAGUUGGAGAUCAGUUUGGUCAUAUUUUAGUGCAGCUUGCCGCAGCAUUGCGGAACUUGGCAGACACAAACUCAGGACGUGAACAGUUCAUUAGUCAUCAUGUAGUGGAGGGUCUGACAGUAUUAAUAGAGACAUACCCCAAUGACAGUGACCUCAUGCUCUACAUAUCUCGCAUUUUCAGCAAAGUGACUUUACACACAGAUUGUAGCACUGCUCUUGCAGACCAACAUGGAUGUUACAAAUCCUUCGUCAGCUUGUUAAAGAGGUAUUUGAAGAAAGAGGAUCUGGUGGUGCGCUUGUGCUUUGUACUUGGCAACUUGACAGCUAAGAACGAGCAAGCACGGCAGAGACUUUUCCAGGAGAAGGACGCACUAGAUGUUUUGCUAAAUGUUCUCAGAACAUACAAUGACAUGGAUAAGCAGGGUGCUCAUGAGGUUCCUGCAGAACCUCCUUUAGAUGAAUCAACUGAGAACACCAGCUCCAUCAACAAAGUUGAAGAUGUCUUGAUUAAAGUCAUCCGGGUUUUGGCCAACCUGUCUAUCAGUGAAGAUGUUGGGCCUUUCAUUGCUGCCAGUCCACAGUGCAUCACAAACCUGUUGCACAUCAUAGAGCGGAAGGACAUCACUGAAAGUGAGGAGCUGAUCCUGAACUGUGUCGCAGCUGUCAACAAUCUGACCUACUAUACCACAAAGCAGAGCACUGUGACCCCACAGCACUUAACUAUUGCACAAUCAAUGCUUAAGUUGGUGCUAACAAGCAACAUGGAAGCAAUACUUGAGACAGCUCGUGUUUUUGGCAAUUUAACACGACAUAAGCCAGUUCGUGAUUUCCUGUCAGAAAAGAAAGUGGAUGCUAUAAUGGUGACACUGCUGGAUUCAGGCAAUAGAGAGCUUGUCUAUGUGGCCUGUGGCGUACUUAUCAAUUUCAUGAUUGAUGAGGAGCGAAGACCACUUCUAAAGCAGGAGGGUGGUGUGACAAAGUGCAUUGAGGUGCUUCGUGACUUUGGGCGUGAGGAUUGGCAGUUGUGCAGCACAGUGUGCAAGGUGCUGUGCAACUACAGCACACACAUGACCAGCUCUGCCAACACCUUUGGCCAUAAAGAGGCUCAGCUGCUGUCAGAUCUACUCAUUGAGUAUCUUGAUAAAGAUGCUGCACUGGACCUGUCUCAGCAUCCGAUAGUUGUUGAGGAUGAGGUAAAAGCAUACAUCCAUGAGAUAUGGGAGACAGAUUUUUGCCCUGUGGCUUCUCAGCUGUUGCGGCGGAUUGAACUUCACCAGUGUGAUCUUGAGCCCUUAGAAGCUCCAGGCUCAUUAUAAUGCCAUCAGUCUUGGAGAAGAAGCAAGAUGAGUAUGACUGUUAUCUAAUAUGCCCCAUGGCUGAAUCUGCUGUAUAGAAAAUUCACCCGUAAACAAUGCUACUGAUACCAUCUCUCAUAUGGAUGUAUUUAGGAUUGUUUGAUGGUUUUAUUUAAUCCUGUCAUGAUGUAGCAGGAAUAAGCUGUGAUAGGAACCAGUAUGUCAAAAAUUGCAACUUUUUUCCAACAGUUUUCCUAGUGCUUUUGAAAACUGAAAUUACAUCCUCAAGAUGCACUGUGAUAGCUUAUGGGAAAAAAGUAUUUUCAGUCAAUUGCUGGAAUAUGCAUCAAUUUUUGUCACAUUUUCAGGAGACUGUUUUGGUUGACUUCAUUUCAAAGAUGGUCCAAGUAGAUUUUUUUUUAAAUGACAUGAUAAAGGUUUGUUUUGUAAACGGUUGUGGGUUUUGCUUGUUUAUUGUUCAGAAUUUGCGAUAGCUUCAUAGCUUCAUGUGUGUGGCUUGGAUAGCAAAAUGCUUGUGUAAGUUUGAGAUGCAGACUAUAUAGUUGUGUUUAAUAUUUUAAUACACUUUUAUAUUUUGCAAGGACUGAGACCAAAGGGGUAUCUGUUAUAUUCAUUUCUGAUCAUCCUUGUGGUAUUUGCACUACUUAGUUUUAGGGUAAAAAUGAAGAAAAGUGAAAACUAUUAAGACAUGCUACCUAAGAUUGGAAAAAACUGUAAAUAUAUAGUGAUGUAAAAUAAAAGACUAUAAAUAUUGUUACAUAUAAUUUUUAGGCACCCCUUACCUAUUUAGCUGUAGGUUGAAAAGAAUUAUUUAUGAACUGUGGCACAAAAAAUGUGGUUCAUCAAAGUGUUGCCAGUAAUUUUCAUCAUUUUGCAUGCGUUCUUUUUCCCCCAAUUUACCCUCCAGACUACCGUAUACAGUAUUAUAUCUGCUUUUUUCACGCAUUUUCUUCUCCUGCUUUGCUGUGCUUCACACCUCCUUGGUCUUAUCUGUCUUUCUGUCUCAACUCUUUUAUUCAUCGCUUCUUUAAACUUUAAAUCACUCAUACAGUUUUAUUCCCUUUGCAUCCAGAUGGCACAUGUUAUCAGAGGAAGUCGAAUGGUUUGGGACUGAUGAGGAAAAUAAAAUGAACACAUUAUGAUGAAGAAGUA